UUCGCACCCACGAAAUGUUGACGUUUGCCUUGGUAACUCUGGUAUUUUUUGGCCAGUCUUCGUACCAGGUGGGGGAAGAAGAUACUUUCCUCUAUGACGUAUUUCCCCCAGGGUUUCAGUGGGGAUUUGCCUCCUCAAGUUACCAGAAUUGCGUCGUUCUGAUGAUGUGGUUGGUGGCGUUAGGACGGGCGUUGGGAGAAGAUGCAGGCAAAGGACCGAAUCCGUGGGCGGCUCUGAUGGGGCCCGAUGAUUUUCGGGACCUCAUCUGUAAUCGCAAUAGGUCGAUGGAAUGGAAUCUGGUCUCCCCUUCCAACAGGCCUGUCGGACCUGUUUACGGGCAGGGAAUCAAUCACAUCCCAACGUAUUCCUUAUCAGGAUGGUUCCAGUGCUGCACGAGUGCGCGAUGUGGAGGGAUUUCCCCCAGCCCAGCAAAGGGGAAUACUUUGCGGCGAAUUACGUUUGUUCGGUUUCUAGCGGACUUGCCGUCGGAGAUGGCAACCGAGGUCCGAAAGGAUAUAUGUUUGUCGCCAGAGGCAUACAUACGUCGGAGGACCAACGACUUGUUAGGCCAGUCCUCCUUUGCGUGGUGGGGCCAGUUCUGGGAGAGGAUUUCGGUGUUAGAAGUUGACGACAACCUCUAAAUCCGUAGAGGUCAGGGGUCCUAUAUCUCAAGAUAGGAACAUAUCGGACCUAAUUCUAAAUUAUUAAUUAAAUAUGCACUUCAAAACAAAUAAACUUGUCAAUGUGUAUA